AUGAGUUUCAAUGCUAAUAACACUACUAUCAAGAGACUUCUCUCAGAAAUGAGGAAGCUUCAAUCCGAACCAGAUCCAUCAUUUGUAGCAGGACCAGUUUCGGAUGAUGAUCUCUUUGUUUGGCAUUUUACAAUUAAGGGAACUCCUGAUUCUCCAUUUCAAGGAGGCAUCUACCAUGGAAAAAUAGUUUUCCCACAUAAUUAUCCUAUUACUCCACCAGAUAUUUACUUCUUUACUCCAAAUGGAAGAUUUGAAACUAACAAGAAACUUUGCUUAUCAUUCACUUCUUACCAUCCAGAAUCCUGGAAUCCAGGUUGGGAUGUUAGAACAGUUCUUACAUCAGUUAUCGCUUUCAUGCCAACAAAAGCUGAAGGUGCUAUCGGCGGCUACGACGCUCCUGAUGCUGAUCGCAAGAAACUCGCUAUAGAGAGCCGUUCUUGGAAGUGCAAGGAAUGCAGCCUUCACUUGGAUCCAGAUGAUUUACCAACUGAUAAACCAGUUGAAGAGAAACCUGCGGAAAACCAAGAAGUAACAGAUGAAAAUACUCAUCAAGAAGAAGCGCAACCAGUUGAAACACCAGUAAAUACAGAACCAGAACAACCAGAAAUCAAAGAGGAAGUUGAAGCUCCACAUGUAGAAGAAACAAAUACCGAAGACCAAACCGCUACAGAAGAACAAAAUGUUGAUGAAGGAAAACUCGAAAAUAAUCAAAUUACGGAAAAUGAACCUCAAAAAUUGGAAGAAAUUCCAGAAGAUGAGGGCAAAGUCGAACUAGAUUUCGCACAGCUUGCUGACGCAAAUGAAGAAGCACCACAACCCCAUGCAGAAGAACAAAAUCAACCAAAUCCAGUAAAGCCUGCACAGGAAAAGCAAGAAAAUGCAGACGGAAUUAAUUUCGAGACCCUUAAGUCGGGAACAAUCAGUAAGAAAGGUUCAUUUUACCCUUGCCUCGAUAUCCCAAUCUUAAUUGUCUUUAUAUUGAUGAUUUUCUUAAUUCUCAACUCUUACUCCAAGCAUAAUUUGUUACAAUUCUAA